CCUCCGGGGCAAGGCGCGCCUCUGCGCCUGUGCAGAGUCGGCCCCGCCCCCCCUUCACCCUACCCUGCCGGGUCUUGGCCAACAUGGCGGCGCCCUGUGUUUCCUGUAGUAGUGCGCUUUCCUGCAGGUUCUUCCUCGGGGGUAAGGUCAUCCUCGCCCGGAGCCAAGGGCCCUGGAAAUCUUUGGCGGCCGGCCUGCAGGCAGAUACCAGACCCCAGAUAUCAAGGCUAAUACAUACCACAAUUGUAACAACAAAGAAGAAUGUUCCUGCCUCCAGACAGGAGACAUACACAGAGGAUUUUAUUAAAAAGCAGAUUGAAGAAUUUAAUAUAGGAAAGAGACAUUUAGCCAACAUGAUGGGGGAGGACCCCGAAACUUUCACCCAAGAGGAUGUUGACAGAGCUAUUACUUACCUUUUUCCAAGUGGUUUGUUUGAAAAACGAGCCAGACCAAUAAUGAAGCAUCCUGAACACAUUUUUCCCAAACAAAGAGCAAUCCAGUGGGGAAAAGAUGGCCGUCCAUUUCAUUUUCUCUUCUAUACUGGCAAGCAGUCAUAUUACUCAUUAAUGCAUGACCUAUAUGGAAAGAUUCUCCAGGUCGAAAAUCGUCAAAAUCAGUUGCGACCCAAAAAUCAACUGCCAGAAACUAUCCAAGUCAUAGACCUGAUUGGCAGCAGAUGGCUGAUUAAGGAGGAACUAGAAGAAAUGUUAGUGGAAAAACUGUCAGAUCAAGAUUACACACAGUUCAUCCGGCUGCUGGAAAAGUUGUUGGCAAUGCCCUGCAGUCCUUCCGAGAAGGAGUUUGUGCAGAGGUUUCGCAGAACUGUAGCCAGUCAGUCCAAAAAGCACCAGAUCCAGCCGGUGCAGUACGAUGAGCAGGGCAUGCCCUUCAGCACUGGCGAAGGUAGAAGAAAGACUGCAAGAGCAGAAGCAGUUGUUUCUGGACAGGGAACUGGAAGAAUCCAAGUGAACGGCGUAGAUUACCUGCUGUAUUUCCCAGUCAUGCAGGACAGGGAGCAGCUGAUGUUCCCUUUCAUCUUCCUUGACCGGCUUGGGAAGCACGACGUGACCUGCACUGUGUCUGGGGGCGGGAGGUCUGCGCAGGCAGGAGCCAUCCGCUUGGCCAUGGCCAGAGCCCUUUGCAGCUUCAUCAGGGAGGACGAGGUCGAGUGGAUGAGGCAAGCUGGCUUGCUCACCCCCGACCCACGAGUGCGAGAGCGGAAGAAGCCGGGCCAGGAGGGCGCCCGCAGGAAAUUCACCUGGAAGAAGCGCUGAGCCUGUCCUGCCUUCUGCCGUUGAGUCUACACCACAGGCCAGUGCCAGCAGCGCCAUCAUGUUCAGAGUUGUGAGUGGAUGUAUUUUUUAAUGCAA